CCCACCCCCAACUUCCAGUAUUCAUUCACUCGCUUCGGCCGUUACCAAACCACACCUCAGUGCCUCCUUCUUCCUAGGCAGGCGGCUUCGGGUGGUCGGUUGCAAUGGUGGACGUGGACCGCCGGAUGGCCGGCCUGACCCCGGCGGCGCACGCGGCUGGGCUGCGCCGCCUGUCCACGCGUGCCGCUGCGGGGCCCUCGUUGGCGUCGGCCUCGCCGCGCCACGGGCUCCACUCGUUCGGCCCGUUCGCGGCCGCAGUGCUCGACCACCUCCGGGCGUCCGGGGUGGCGGUGCUCCCGGGGCUCACGGAGGCGGAGCUGGCGCGCGCCGAGGCCGAGAUGGGAUGCGCCUUCCCGCCCGACCUGCGCGCGGUCCUGGCCAUGGGGCUCCCGUCGGGACCCGGGUUCCCGGACUGGCGGACGCGCGCGGGGCUGCGCUCCGCAUUCGACAUGCCCAUCGCCGCGGCGUCUCUGCAGAUCGCGCGGGGCGCACUGUGGCCACGGUGCUGGGGGCCCAGGCCCGCCGACCCCGACCGCGCACUGCGGCUCGCGCGCUCCGCCAUCCGCCGGACGCCGCUGCUCGUGCCGCUUUUCGACCGGUGCUUCCUGCCCUGCCGCCCCUGCCUCGCAGGGAACCCUGUCUUCUUCGUCACUGACGACCGCGUCCUCUGCUGCGGCCUCGACAUCCUCCACUUCUUCACCCGCGACUCCUGCUUCCAGCCGCUGGACGUGCGGGCGCCGCCAUCAUCGGUCGCGCAGGCCUCCGGCGAGGCCACCACGCCGUACAUGCGCCGCAGCCUCGACGCGGCCUGCGGCGGCAAGGUCCCGCGUUGGAUCGAGUUCUGGAGCGACGCCGCGUCCGACCGGCGCCGCCGCGACUCGGCCUCCUCGGAGACCUCCACCGCGUCGUCGUCCUCCGGGUGCGCGUCGCCGCCGCCGUCCAGGAGGUCGAGGACCCCGCACUGGGUCGACAACUACCUGGACAGGCUCGGCUCCGUGCUGAAGCAAGGCGGAUGGAGGGACACGGAGGUAACGGAGAUGGUCGAGGUGGCGGCCUCCGGGAUGUUCGACGGCGAGGAAGCCCCCGCGGUCGACUCCGAGGCGGUGCUCGACGCGCUGCUGCUGAAGGCCGACCGGUGCUCCGACUCGCUCCGGCGAGCGGGGUGGAGCUCCGAGGACGUGUCGGACGCUCUCGGGCUCGACCUCCGGCGGUGCAAGGAGCGGCCGAGGAACGCCGUACGGAUACCCCCGGAGAUCGCCGUGAAGGUCGAGCAGCUAGCGCAGUCGGUAGCGAGGCCUGAACUCCCCGCCGCCGCCGCCGCCGCCGCCGCCGCCGCCGCCGGAGGCACUUGCUACCGGCGGCCUGCCGUUUUCUUUUCUUUUUAGGAAAAAUGUUACUCUAUUUUAGACUUUUUCACUAUACAAGGAAAGAAUACCUGUACUUUAAUAAAGUAAAUACUGUACUAAAAGUUAAGCCCAUGAUUGUUUCCACGCAAAGAUGUAAAUUUAAUGCUUGGAAGUGAGUACUAACUGCUACAUUCACGGCACAAGUCCUUUCUUUUCA